AUGGAGCAGCAGCAACAGCAAGCGCCAGCCGGACCAAAUACUGCGGCCAUGGCCACAGUCACUACGGUUCCGACGCUGGUUGCGGCAACAGCUAUUUUACCUCGGAAACCUUCGCCGAAUGUAAACCCUACACCGGGUCUAAAGCCGGGACGAUUCUUCGGUUCCGCAUUCAAUAUUACCAAUCGCUACCGGGCCAACAGUAGCAACUUGAGUAAGGUUAGUCUGGCCAUAACCAAUCUGAAGGUCAUCAAUAACGUCCCGUUGCCGCCCCCAAUUUGUACCAUGAUCGCAAAUGAUUCGCCCCCGUUGCUGAAGUUCCAACCGUCCUAUCGACUGCAAUCGACGAACCCCUUCAACCGGGAAGCGUGUGAAGUCAUUUUGCGGGAAGCAUUGGACAAGGCACUCCAGGGGGUGGAGUAUAGUUCCUAUUUCGCGCCAUCCCUCUGUCAGCAGAUUUGCGAGGACGUGAAAGCGAAAGUGAAGGAGUUGAACUUCGAUCGGUACAAAAUCGUUGUCACCGUCACGAUGGGCGAGCGCUACAUGCAAGGACUGAAAUCAAUUGCCCAGUUCCUGUGGGAUCCGGAGAAGGAUAGCUACGUGUCCUGUAUUUACGAUUCUUCACCGAGCUUGUUUGCCGUGGCAACCAUUUAUGCUAUCUAUUUCGAUUGAGCUAGGUAAAAAAAACCUGGGAUGAUGGUUGGCUAUUCUUCCACCGUAGAAGCGAGCAGAUAAUGCGGAUUGUUGCUGAAAAUUACUGUUACUGUUAUUGUUGCUUUUGAAACACAUUUAC